AUGUCGCAACAAGCAUCUUCGUCAUCAUCAUCCGACGAGACAUUCCAACUUCCUGCACACCUGACAAAUAGUUACUUCUCAACAAAUCCUCACAUUAAAACCAUUCCGGGUUUAUAUGUAUUUGCCAAUUACAUUACCAAUGAAGAGGCACGUCAAAUUAUCAAUACUCUCGAUUCACAGGAGUGGUGUCAUGAAAUUUGUCGUCGUCAACAACAUUAUGGCUACUUGUACUAUCAUACAAGACAAAAUAUUCCCAAUUUACAACCAACAGAACAAGAGGUUUCACCUCUGAAAAGUUUGGAAUUUGACAAGUUUUGGACAGAAUUAUUUUGGGAAAAGAUGGUCAAGAGAGAUGGAUUGUUUAAUAUUGAUGUUGCACACAAGUGGUGGGUGAAUAAGGAAAAUAAGAGUGAACCUCAAUGUUUAGUGAAUGAAUACAUGUCAAGUCAGGGAAUUGCUUCUCAUGUGGAUAAUGUGAAUGCUUUUGGAGAUGUCAUUGUUGGAAUUUCACUGUUAAAACCUGUUUAUAUGACAUUUAGAAAGGAUAAAUUGGAAACUAGAAUUCUUUUACCACCUAAUAGUUGUUAUGUUUUGACAGGAGAGUCGAGAUUUGAGUGGAGACAUGGAAUUACACAUAUGAAACAAAUUCAUGUUCCUUCACAAUAUAUCGUUCCUGAAUUGAAUGAAAAUGAAAAGGAUUUUACAGUUCCACGAGAUGAGGAUGAUGAGGAUAAUGAUGGAAGUAAAUUGUACAUUCGUGAGGAGGGUUACAGAAGAAUUUCACUCACUUUCAGAUUUAUCAAAUUGGAAGGAACAAAGAGAGUUGAUGAAACUGCUCCAGAAACUGAUGCCUUAUGGUAA